AUGGCUGCUGUCACCGGUGCCCAGAUCAUCGCCCGGACGCUGCGCGAUCUCGGCGUCACCGUGAUCUUUGGUAUAGUCGGCAUCCCCGUCGUGGAGAUUGCCGAGGAGGCCAUCAAUCUGGGCAUUCGAUUCGUGGCCUUCCGCAACGAGCAGGCUUGCAGCUAUGCCGCCAGUGUUUAUGGAUACAUGACCGGACGACCCGGUGUCUGUCUCGUCGUGGGAGGACCGGGCAUAGGCAAUGCAACCGCCAACAACUUCCCCUUACUGGUGCUGGCCGGUUCGGCCGAGACCACCGCAAUCACCAAGGGCGCCUUCCAGGAACUCGACGCCAUCUCCUUCCUGACGCCGCACACCAAGCUGGCGGUGCGCGCCUCCUCGCUCGACUUCAUCCCGGGGGCGGUGAAGAACGCCUACCGGACCUGCUGGUACGGUCGUCCGGGCCCGACCUUCGUCGACCUGCCCGCCGACAUCAUUCAGGGUCGCGCUGCGGCGGACCACCAGCGGCUGCUGCUGCCUCCACCGGAGACCCUGCGGGUGCCCGCGCCGCCCAAGGCCAGCGGCGACCCGGCGCUGAUCCUCAAGGCGGCGCAGCUGCUGAAGACGGCCCAGGCGCCGCUGCUGGUGGUGGGCAAGGGGGCCGCGUACGCGCGGGCCGAGGCCCAGCUGCGCCAGCUCGUCGACCGCACGGGGCUCCCGUUCCUCCCGACCCCAAUGGGCAAGGGGGUGUUGCCGGACUCGCACGCGCGCAACGUGUCGAGCGCCCGCAGCGCGGCGCUGAAGCACGCGGACGUGGUGCUCGUGCUCGGCGCCCGCCUCAACUGGAUCCUCCACUUCGGCGAGGCGCCCAAGUGGUCCCCCACGGCCAAGAUCAUCCAGGUCGAUCUGUGUGCCGAGGAGAUCGGGCGCAACGCCGGCGCCGCGGAGCUGGGCAUCGUCGGCGACAUCUCCUUGGUCGUGGACCAGCUGGUCGCCGCCUUGGCGAAUUGGCGCUAUGCUCCGGUCGCUGGUGCUGGUGGUGCCUCUGACAAGACCUUCCUGGACGUGCUGGAUGCAUCGAUCAAGAAGAAUACACAGACCGCGGCCCAGGCGGCCAACCGCCCGACCCCGAAGGAUGCCCCGAUGACGUACCAGCGGGCCUUCCACCUGAUCAAGUCGACGCUGGACGAGCUGACUCACAAGGCAGGCAGCGACGCGGUGUAUGUGUCCGAGGGCGCGAACACGAUGGACAUCUCGCGGUCCAUCUUCAGCGUCGACCACCCGCGCCAGCGACUGGACGCAGGGACCUACGCGACAAUGGGCGUGGGGAUGGGGUAUAUCGCCGCGGCGCACGAAGCGUACAACGCGAUGCCCGGGGCAGCAUCAGGAGCUUCCUCCCCGUCGAAGCCGAAGAAAAUCGUCGCCUUCGAAGGCGACAGCGCCUUCGGGUUCAGCGCCAUGGAGAUCGAGACCCUGGCGCGGUACCGCAUCCCCGCGCUGAUCUUCGUGGUCAACAACUCGGGCAUCUACCACGGGGACACGACCUCGGCGGCUGAGUGGACGACGCUGCAGGAUCAGACGGCGCGGAAUGAUACCAAGGCGAGCGGGGAGGGGACGCGGGGCCUGCGGUCGACCAGUCUGCUGUAUGAGACCCGGUAUGAGAUGUUGGCGACCAUGUGCGGCGGCCGGGGGUUCUUUGUGCGGACGGAGGAGGAGCUGGUCGCGGCCACGCGGCAGGGGUUCGCGAGCGAGCAGGUCACGGUGGUGAAUGUCAUUGUCGAGCCGGGGAUUGGCAAGAAGAUUGGUUUUGCGUGGCAGAAUAAUGGUGAGCGUGAGCGUGAGCCGGAGCCGCAGGCGAAACUUUAG